CCGUAAAUCUACCUAUUAGGAAAACGGUUGCAAGCAUGGAAAUACGCAAUGAAGUGAAACAGAAGGACCAGGAAGUGGAAAAGAAAAAGUUUGUCGUGCGCAAUGCUGCAGAUGUACAGAGAGCCAAGUUGGACAAGCUCAUGAAGAAUCCGGACAAACCAGUCAUCAUUCCUGCACCGAGUAAAAACCGAGACUUUUCCACCGCGAUACCAUCGUUUGUGCGAAACGUGAUGGGUUCUAGUGCUGGCGCCGGUUCGGGAGAGUUCCAUGUUUAUCGCCAUCUGCGCCGGAAGGAAUACGCUCGCCAGAAGCAGAUUCAGGAAAAAUCUCGCUCCGAGCAACUGGACGAUGCGUUUCAGGAUCGGUUGGAAAACAACCGUAAAGCGGCCGAAGAACGCACGGCAAAGAAACGCGCAAAGCGGUUGAAGAAAAAGGCCAAGCUGAAACCUAACCGGGGAAAGAAACCGAAGCAGGGCGUAAGCUUGGACGAGUUGCUCGAAAGUUCCUCUGAGGAGAGUGAUGAGGAGGAAAAUGAAGAAGCAUCUGCGCAGGGCGAUGAUUCUACAGAUACCCGGGAGAAGGAUAGCGAAAUCGUCAAGGAGCAACACGAAGCAGAAAAGAUGGAAGAUACUGCCGGAAAGGAAAUUAAUCCGAGCACGAAAGAUAAUCAGACAACAGUGACAGACCUGAGCACGGAAAAUGCGACUCAGAUAUCAUCGCCUCAACCCAAAAUGGAAGCUCAACCAAAACCAGUCACAGACCUAAAAGAACCACAAAACAACGAAGACAUGGAGAACCAACCGUAAGAGUGAGGAUCAAAAGGUACAAGUCAAUAAACAAAAAUAAAUGAUCUAAGCAAGAUGUGGACAACCGUAACAAUCUUCGCUACAAAAAGACUCAGCAAAUCAGAAGUCGGCGGAACGAUUAUGAAAAAAUGAGGGAGGAAUAAUAAAACAUUA